UACCUUGUUAGUCGUUUAUAGUGGUGUUACUGACCCGGUGCAGCACAAUUGUGAUAGCAGUCUCCCAAUCGAGUGUACUAUUUAUUAUUAUAUUACUUUAUUAUAAAGCAUCCGCGAGUACUACUACGUAUUAUUCUGCACAAACCUAGUUUUUUAAAAUUAUUUUUCACAAAAAAAAAAAAAACCUUGCGCCCAAUAUCCGUUGGGCAGCGUUUGCAUACAAUCGCCGGGUGCGUUGUGCCAUAAACGACAAAUAAGAUCAGCCAAGCCGAAACAAAUAGCUACAUCUCAAUAUUUACAAGCACACCGCAAUGAAUAAUAUUUUCCGGAUUGUUGCGCUCAUUAGCGCUCUUCGCGUCAACGGUAAUCUGGCAUUCACAUCCGGCGACGACAAGUUCAUAAAAAAAUACGCCAUGAUGAAGGUGUACGAGACGUGUUUCGGUCCGGAAGUGGUGAAGGAAGUGCGGAAAGAGAUGAAAGUGGCCACGGCCAAGUGCAACGGCAACAUGCCCAUGAGUGUGCCCACGCCGAAUUUGGCAUCGCUCAAGACGUCCAUGGGCCAGGGCAACUUGCACGAUUUCAGCGGCCUACACCAGCACCAGACCACCAAACCACCGGCCCACCAGGAAGACUCGUUUGGCAAAAACCAACCUGGCCUCGACCUGACCAAACUUCAACAAGUCAUUUUGGCCGGAUACAACAAACACAUGCAACAAUCGGCACAGCCGCAACAACAACAACAACAACAGUCGGCCCAGCAGCACAUCAAACCUUGGAGUUCGUUGAUGGACCAACAGCAGUCUUACAUGCCCAACUCGCUGUUCUAUCCCCCGAACCCGUCCAUGGCCAACACCAACGACAUGUACCUCCCACGGAUAUCGCCGGCUCCCCAGCAAGUGUAUCCCGGGGCUUACCCGAUGAUGCCGCCGACAAUGGCCAGCGGUCAGAUGUACCAGCCCUACUAUCAACCGUACUUUCCCACGCACCGGACUUCGAGAGUCGGAGGAUUCGACGUGCGCAACCAACUGGACUCGUUGACGACAAAAAUGUCCGGCAAGAUAAGAAACGUCACGUGCGUCAUGCAAGAACUCGGAUACCUCAAUCACAAUAUGGAACCAGACUACGAGAACAUGAACGAGAGGGUACGGCGGCUGCCCAUUGCCGAAGAACUCAAACAGGACAUGAUCGACGGCAUAGAAUACUGUAAACAGUUCUCGCUGUGCGUUCCGGACGAGAGAAAAGACAAAUUCGCCAAAGAACUGGUUCGCCCGAUGUUCUUCUUCAAGUGUUACAAACACAAAAAAUUGGAAUCGUGCAUAAUGAAAGACAUUCGCGACCGGUACACAAACGAAGAGUUUAACGAGGAUAACCUAGUGUCGUCGGACCGAUCGAUGCGAAGUUCUCAGAACCUAGAAGACGACACCAUGGAGCAGACAGUGUUUGAUUUCAUUUACGGCGACAAGUCCAUCGACCUGGAAUCAUUGUUGUGAAAACGUCUUAUGUGCACUUCGUUUCCGAAGACAACGCUCAACCACCGUCGAAACGAUAAUAGGCGUGUACUCGCCUAAAAUCGUGUCCUUAACCUAAAACACACAGAAUAUUUAUUUAUUUAUAUUGGUCCUGGUAUUAAAACGUUACUGCGACGACAGAUGUCACCAGACAGUGACGUUUCGAUAUCAGGACGUUGUACCUGAAAAAAGGGAAACGUGUAAUUUAUUUUUCUCAAUUGAACUUUAAUUUUAUUUAUUUAUUUAAUAUGUAAAAAUAUAAUUUUAUACUUUAUGGUGUUCCUCGAUAAACCAAAUAAACUUUCUUAUUUAAAAAAUGAAAAAAGACAGUUAUAAUAUAUAAUAAAUAUAAUUUUAUUUAACAAGUAUAAAAGAACAAAUUUGUCGUAUCGUAAUAAUAUUAUU